UGGGUCAUUAUUUGCCUGUGGUGGUGGAGCGUGUCCUCAAUGACCAUUAGAACCGGGGACACAAUAGGAUGUCAUUUGAAACCCUUAAAAUGUUCCUGAGAAUCUUUCAAAAAUGAGGGCAUUUAAUUCCAACAGAAAAAAGUCACGAUCUAGAAUAUACACAAAUAACAAGAUUUCUCCUGCAUUCACAAAAAAUUAAUCCGCUUGUGUUUGUCACAAGAUUUCUUGUUUUGCAUUGAAAUCCUCUCAGCAAUUUAUUGAACAUCACGAAAUUCUGCCAAACCCUUGAUUUGUCAUCAAUAACAUUUACCCUAAUCAGCUAGCUAGUUAGAUUAGCAUGCAGUAUACAUGCUGUGGCUGAUAGUUUCAAGGAAACGCUAAUAAUUUGUAUUAGCUGUUAAGCCUCAUACAGAACACUACCUGAAUCCAUUUUUUUUUUUAUUUUUAUUUUUUUUUUAGAGAUACUGAGAAAGCUUCUAUUUUACAUUUUUUAAAAUGUGAAUCUAGCAUUGUUUUAACAAAUUCUACACGCAUAUCAAACUGUACAAUCAAAAUCAGUGCUAAAGUCACUAAUCGCUAAUAACUGAGAAUAAUGAUUUAGCUAGCUAGCACAUAGCCAGGAGGCAGACAAUGUAAAGGCAAUAUGGCUGUGGAGACUAGAGAAAGUUGUCAAAUAUCAACGUUUCUCUCGGAUGUACUAAGAAAAGACUUGCUACAACCAAAAUUACACUGUAUUUACACUUGGCACUGAGAGCAAAGCAAACGUCUAUGGGAUCAGCCAUAUUGAGAAACAGCAACACUGAGUCAUAACGCAAGACUCAAAUGGGGAUGAAUAAAUCAUCUCAAAAUUACAGUAACCGCAACCACGUUUAAAGGAUUAGUGUAAUCGGCUGUCUUGGCUUGAAUAUCCUGACUAGGGAGGCAGGUGCGGUCGUUUGUGCUGUUGAUGAUCACUUGGUGCGAAACUAAUGUGUCGUGUCACGAGGGAGCAGGAAGCAUGCACCAGCACACUGUAUGAAUCUCCAGUUACCAAAAAACAUCCAUAUUAUUAUGUAACCUAUAAAUGUUUUGACAAAUUAAAGGAAAAACUGGUGGCUCUGUUUUGCUGGUGUGCUUUGGGUGGAUUUGUUCCCUUUGAAGGAAGCGUCACUGCAAAUCAAUAUAAAGUUGUUCUGACCAGCAAUUUUUUUUUUUUUUUUUUUUUUUUUUUUUUUUUUUUGUUGUUUUUUUCUUUCUACAAUGGCAUAUUUAUAUUGCCAUGUGUGUGGUCUAUGUCCGGAUGACUCCGCCCCCCAUUCACAAGGCAUGACGAAUGACUGAAUGGUUUGACGAGGAUGAUAAUGAUGUAAAUAAUAUGCUCUGGUCUUCAGUCUUCAGAUUUCAACACAGUUGGACCUUUAUACGAGGUAUUGGAGCGAUAUUUUAGACCGCGGUCUCCACCACUACCAUCCAAACUCCAAUUGAGUGAAUGUGUUUUGGAAGAAUGGUGUUUAUCCUUCUUGUACACUUCCUGAGAUUUUGUAGAGUCGAUGCUGGUGGAUGCUCAUCAGGUGGAUGCUCAUCAGGUGGAUGCUCAUCAGGCUGAUUUAGUCCAAGAUCUUUUAAAGAUCUUGGACUAAAUCCAAUCCACAGUCAGAGAGAUUGUGUAAAAUGGAAGAAAUUCAAGACCACUGUUACCCCUGGUCGACCAAGAAAGAUCACUCCAAGAGCAGGAUAUGUAAUAGUGUGAAAGACUAGCUAUUUUUGUCUCAUUUGUUUAGUUGGGGUCUUGUUGGCUACUUGAUGUCUGCUGAUGCUUUAGGUCUUAUUUAUGCAGAUGUAUAGUAAAACUAUCAAACUUUCAAGCACCACUGUACACUCACCAGAGCUGCCAACGAUCUCGGCUCCUUCCUUCUAUGCUUUAUUUUUCUUUGUCGCAAUUUCUGUAUGCGUUUAAUGAGCAGUCGUGUAAGACCAGAUAAGAUGAAACCACGGUUGUAAGUUUUUCUUCCGUUUUCGUGCAUCAAACAGUAAAUGGUAAUUAAUUGCAGGUAUGAGCUGAAGUUGUACGUGGAGAACCGAAGAAACGUCCACAGGCCACAUGCGCCAUAGUGUUGAGCCAGUUGUUUGGAUCUCUCACUUUUUCACAUCAGCGAAUUUGCAUAGAAUAGAGAAAAUCUCAAUUCAAGUGUUGCUUGUAACACUGUUCUGCAGAUUCUUGUUCUUUGCUGAGAGGAUUGGAAAGUAAUGUGGUCUUCUGCUGGCGUAGUCCAUCUGCCUCAACGUGUGGCGUGUUGUGUGUUUCGGAGAUGCUUUUCUGCUCACCACAGUUGUAAAGAGUAGUUAUUUGAGUUUCUUUUCAUAAUAAAUUAGUUGGCCGAUUAUUUUUUUUCGAUUAAUCGGAUGGGGGGGGCGGAGACUUUACCCUUUUUUAUUUAUUUAUUUAUUUAUUUAUUUAUUUAUUUAUUUUUAAUUAUUAUUUAAAAUAAAAUCCACAAACUGAGUGCUACAAAUAUAAACUUCAGACUAAAACUUUACACAACUGUUUGUUCAAUUAUAUAAGACUGAAAAGGACCUAAUACACACACACACACACACACACACACACAGACACACACACACACACACCAGAAUAUAUAUUAUUCAUUCAGGACUGUAGUUUCAUUCAGUGCUAUUUGUGCAUACAUGAAAAUAAUGCAUAAAUACUUAUAUAUUAGUUGAUAUUAUAAGUUUAUAUUAUUAUUUAUGUAUUAUGUUUUAUAAAAGAUAACGUUGAUAUAAACAGUAAAGUAAAGAAAGUCAUUGUCGGUGACUCUGGGUAUCUUCUAAAGCUAGCGGCGUCACGUUACGUGCGUAUGAUGUCAUGCACCAUCGACUUGGAAGUGACUUAUACUUCCAGUUAGUAAAAAAAACCACAAGAGUUCCGUUUGAGACAAUAUUACCUUUCUAAAACUCAUACACUAGACAGUAGAGUACACAGUGCAUAGUGUAAGUGUGUAGUACUUCAUUUGGGACACAACUUUAGUAUUUACUCUGCAAAGCAUGUUUUCGGAAGAGAAGUAACGUAAUGAGUAAACGUGCCAACUAAUUGAUAGAGAUUCACUGCUGCUCACCGGAUGUUUUUUGUUUCGGGCACCAUUCACUGUAAAGAGUUUUGUGGAUGUCAGUGGGCGUAUACCCGUUUCAGAGGACAUAACGGCUACAUAGUAAUUAAAAAAUGCUCUUGAAUUUGUAGGUUUUUGCACUGGCAUUUGAUAACUAGUAGCAUCUGCAUUUUUUUUUUUUUGUUCUGCUGUAAGAAGCACUCAGGCAGCUGUUAACAUAUUUCCCGUCCUCUAUUUUUGUCACAUGUUGCGUUACUCAAGUGUUGUGGUCAGAUGUACUGGGUGGAGCUGGAUGUCUGAGAUCAUGUUGUUUUAUCCUGACGUGUUUGGUCGUUCCCCUUUCUAUAUCUGUUUUGUAGCAUGUUUUCAUAAAGCAGAAGGUUCAGUUCAGGAUUUGGGCUCAGUCCCAAAGGAUCACGCAGAUUCAGCUGCCAGUUUAAAAGAUUUGUAAUCGUGAUUUCAAUAGAGAGUUGGUGGGGAGUCGUCUUUUGAGCUUUUGUAUAAUUCUAGCAUUUGGAUGGAGAUGCAGUCAGGAUCAGAUGAGAUCAUGCAGCAGGAGACGAGUCCGCUGUGCGCAGCAGACAUCAGCCCUGACCUCAGGAAAUGCUUCGCCUUCCUGUCAGGUGGUCGAGGGGAGAACGGCAGCCCCAUCAUCAUCUUCCCAGAGUUCCCUACAUUUGCAGAGCUGCAGGAGGAGGAGUUCCAGAACGUGCUGACGUACCUGACCAGCGUUCCCAGCCUCAGCGCGUCAGGAGUUGGCUUCAUCCUGAUCAUCGACCGCAGGCAAGACAGAUGGGCAUCGGUGAAGGGAACACUACUGCGCAUCGCGGGCUCGUUCCCAGGAAACCUGCAGCUGGUAUUGGUGUUGCGGCCCGCCGCCCUGUUCCAGCGUGCACUCUCAGACGUCCUCUUUAGACUCAACAAGGAUGAGUUUAAAAUGAAGGUGCCGGUGAUCAUGCUUAGUUCAGUGACUGAGCUGCACAGCUACAUAGACCGCUCCCAGCUGACCCAGGAGUUGGGAGGCACUCAGGAGUAUUGCCACGAGAAGUGGAUCUCUCACCGCACUGCCAUCGAAGGCUUUGCGCUGAUGGUGAAGAAGACGGCGCAGACGCUGCAGGCGUUUGGGACGGAGCUGGCCGAGACAGAGCUGCCCAACGACGUUGAGGCCACGUCCACUCUGCUGAGCACUCACACCGACAAGAAGGAGAAGAUGAAGGAGGACCUGAAGAUAGCUCUGGGUCAGGGUGGGCGCUUGCUGGACAGCAUCAAUGAGCCACUGGCGUCAGAUCCAGAAUACAAUAUGAACCACGAUGAGCUGGAGAACCUGGCUACUGUGCAGAGGCUACUCGGGCAGCUGGAUGAGACCGAAACAGCGUUUGAUGACUUCUGGGAAAGGCAUCAGACCAAACUGGAACAGUGUCUUCAGCUGCGCUAUUUUGAACAGAACUUCAGGGAGGUCCGAGCCCAUUUGGAUCAGGUAGCUGAUAAACUGUCCGGAUUUUCCGAGGUGGGCAUAAGCCCCGCCCAUGGCGAGCACAUCCUAAAGGAGCUGAGCAAUCACGAAGAGAGAACCUGUGAGGUGCUAGACCAGGCUCUGUCUCUGGCCGCUGAAGGAGACACACUGAUCGAGAACUCCCACUAUGCCGUGGACUCCAUCUUGCCCAAAUGCUCCGAGCUCAGAGUCGUGUGUGAGGAAGUGGGAGCUGUCCUGAAGGCCAAAAAGGCCCACCUGCUCAAAGCCAUGGAGCUUCACUCCAGUCUUGAGAAGGCUACCAGAUGGUGUGAGGAUGGAAUUUACCUUCUAGCGUCUCAGCCUGUUGACAAGUGUCAAUCACAGGAUGGGGCAGAGGCAGCGCUGCAGGAGAUCGAGCGUUACCUGGAGACAGCCAAUCAGCACAAGCUGACAGACUUAACUGGCAUCUGGAGGGAGUACGAAUCCGUGCUGACGACAGAUUUCCGAGAUCAGGUGGAGCGGGUCUUCCAGAAGCAGCUAUCUAUGGAGGACAUGUUUGAGAAAAGAAGAGUUAGCCUGAAGAAGUUAGCAGCUAAGCAGACACGGCCUGUCCAACCGGUCGCCCCUCGACCCGAAGCCAUCAUCAAAUCACCCAUGUCCUCUCCUGCACAUAAAGAGAGGACGUUAUCAUCUGACAUUAUCAACAACAAAAAGGACGAUACACUCCUGCAGAAUGGCAGGGGUCUCUCAGAAGAGGAGGAGAACCUGGCUGUACUUAGGCGGCAUGUAAUGAAUGAGUUGUUGGAGACGGAGAGGGCUUAUGUCGAGGAGUUGCUGUGUGUACUGCAGGGUUACGCUGAUGAGAUGGACAACCCCAGCAUGGCGCACCUCAUCCCCGUCACGCUCAACAACAAGAAGGACAUUCUGUUCGGCAACAUGGCCGAGAUCUACCACUUCCACAACAAAACUUUCCUCCGAGAGCUGGAGGCUUACACAGACUGCCCCGAGCUGGUGGGCCGGUGCUUUUUAGAAAGGAUGACGGACCUACAGAUUUAUGAGAAGUACUGUCAAAAUAAGCCACGCUCCGAGUCGCUAUGGCGACAGUGUUCCGAUUGCGCCUUCUUCCAGGAGUGCCAGAAGAAACUGGAGCACAAGCUGGGCUUGGACUCGUACCUGUUGAAACCUGUACAGCGCAUCACAAAAUACCAGCUCCUCCUCAAGGAGUUAUUAAAGUACAGUAAAAGUUGCGAGGGCUCAGAAGACCUGCAGGAGGCGCUCUCGUCCAUCCUCGGCAUCCUCAAAGCCGUCAAUGACUCCAUGCACCUCAUCGCCAUUACAGGAUACGAGGGGAACCUGAAUGAGCUGGGCAGGCUGCUGAUGCAGGGCUCCUUCAGCGUGUGGACUGAGCACAAGAAAGGUCAUGCCAAGGUCAAGGAUCUGGCACGCUUCAAGCCAAUGCAGCGGCACCUGUUCCUGCACGAGAAAGCGCUGCUGUUCUGUAAGAGACGCGAGGAGAACGGAGAGGGCUACGAGAAAGCGCCUUCUUACAGCUUCAAGCACUUCCUCAACAUGAGUGUUGUGGGCAUCACAGAGAAUGUUAAAGGAGACAACAAGAAAUUUGAGAUCUGGUGCAACUCGCGAGAAGAGGUCUACAUCGUCCAGGCGCCGACGGUGGAGACAAAAAUGGCGUGGGUGAAUGAGAUCCGGAAAGUUCUGACCGGUCAGCUGAAAGCCUGCAGGGAGGCGAUUCAGCAGAAGACGUCGGAGCAGCUUUCUCCACUUCCCACUUCCAACAGCGCAGUGAUCAGCCUGAGCCCCUUUAAAACCAGUCAGAAGGGUCAGAAGAAAGGAGAGGAGAAGAAAACCGAGCCUACGCUCGCUGAGCUCAACUUAGUGCCUGCAAUGAGAAACUCUGACAAGGUCAAAGGUCCUCCAGUCUCCCUCAGCCGGGCCAGAUGGCUGAGCACUUCUAGCCUCGUACAGGCUAAGCGCAGAGGGUUCAGUAAGGCCUCUCUCUCCAUGGAUGCCUCGGAGGAGAACGACGGGUACUCCAGCGCAGAGGACCCCUUAAAUUCUGACCCUGAGGAUGAGGGGAAGAAACUGUCUCCAGGCAAGUACAUUGUGGUAGCAGACUAUGAUAAAGGAACUCAGGACCUCACAGUAAAGAGUGGAGAGACAGUGCAGCUGGUUCGAGAGGGUCCUGACGGCCAGUGGUUUGUGCGUAACCUGAAUAACAGUAAAGAGGGCUGGCUGCCUGCUGCUAACCUGCUCACUCUGAUCGGGGAGUCGAAGUCCUCACAGUCUCUUACCAGCUCAGAGGGCAGUGGCUCGGGCAAUCUGAGCACAUCAUCCAGCUGCAGUGAGACCUACACCAGCUUCUCUGACAUCAAACCCUGAGGCCUGUGUCUCCAUCCUGCCUCUAUAGCACCGCCUCAUGGCAGCUCCUACACACUGCACUUUCUGCUGAGACACCUCCACCACCUCUUUUUCCUCCACCAUGCACUGUAUUCAUCACCAGUCAUAGUGACUUGAGCGCACAGCUGGACUGACUUGUUUGUUUCCUGCUUGUUGUUGUUGUUGUUUGCAGCAAGGAGAGACCUAAGAAGCUGCACUCCUUCCCAAAAAUAAGCUAUUUGUAUAUCUACGAGUGCAAUAGCCUUCGAUUACAAAAGCAACACACUUGAUCCACUAAACUAAAGCGCUGUGACCUUUAGUCUUGUACUGAGAGUGUCGAAACCGGUUCGGAAUAUUUUCAGGAACAUAUAUGUAUAUAAUAUUUUCUACUUUGCCAACAUCAUAGGACACUUGAACGGAGCAUCACAUGACAUGGAUACAGAUUGGAGUCGUGUCCAGUUUCCUAACUGUGAAAUGUCCUGUCUUAUUUACUGUAUGUAUUAAUCAGAAACAGCUGUAUAUUUUCGAUUAUUUUCUGUAUAAUAUUUGUACAUGUAUUAUAACUUGACCUUCGGGGGUUUUUUUUCUUCCAUAAAAUGGCAGUAUAUAUUGUAUAUAAAUGUUCAUGUAUGGUGUCGUCGUAUCUGAAGCUUGACGUAUGCACUAUUUUACAGGCAUUACAUUACUUUAUUAUUUAUUUUUUAACAAACUUUCCCCCAAACAAAUUUUAUAUUCUAGUAAUAACGCCUUUUCAAAAACCAGUAUCUGAAACUUUUCCUCACAUUAUUUUAUCACAAAUCUAUUAUACAGGUUGUAAGCAAGAAGUAAACGAUGGGCUGAUAAACAAUACAGCAUUUCCCAUAAAUUUAUCAUUGUGCUCCGAAUAUAUAUUUUUUGUUUUUUAUCUUCUUACUCCCAUAUGUCUGUAUGUAAACACUGCACAUAUCUUGUUUUACACCUUAAAUGAAUAAAAUCUGCUGUAUUUCAGUCUCAUGUGGCACAUUGCCCUUGUAUUUCUCUAUUUUCAUAUUUGUAAUAAAGGUUUGUGUCCUCUAUGUAUGUAUAUGUGUAAAGUGUAAAUAUGUAUUUAAGAGUAUGUAUGAAUUAAGAGAUUAAAGCUUGAAUAAAGUUCACCGAUUACA